AUGCCACUACGCCGUCGAUUAUCCGGCCUUGUUAAGGGUCGAGACGAUCGAAGGAGUUCGAAUUUAGUGGGAGGCGGAGACGGUAGCCUAAGCGUCAAUCUUACAUCUGUUGAAGAACAAGAAGAAGACGGUGAUCUAGCAGCUGCGCUUACAGCGUCUUUCCAGGAUGAACUAUCUCGACUUAGAUGCGAUCUUGCCCAAGCCCUCCUCAACGCAAAGGAUAGCCAACAAGAGAUCAUUGCGUUGAAACGAUCAUGCGAGGAUCAAAUUGCGCACAUGGAAGAGGAAGCAGUACAAAUGCGAGCCCGUUUGACCAGCCUUGAGUUUUCGAACAAAUUGUAUGGUAGCAAAAACGAGGAACAAGCAGAAAUGAUAGCAAAAUUGAAAGAGGAGAAUUUAGGUCUGCUGAACAUGUUGGAAACUCGUGAUAGAAUACACGCGGAUGAGAUGCGCGCGUUGCAGUACCAACAUGGGCAGACGAUACAAGAGAUGCACAAUUCCGCAAAAGAGCUGAACCAAAAUCCCGACCUUGUUGCACAAGAAAUUCGGGGUCGCAAAGUGAACGCCGCCGAAAAACGUGAGCAAUUUGAACUUCAGUUGGCUAAGAGUACGGCUCGAAUUUCCGAACUUUCUUCUCAGCUCCAAGACCGUACGGCCGAGCUUGAGACCUUAAGAGGCUUGUUAGACAUGGCCAUGACGGAGAAUCGUUUGACUUCAGCAGCCUUGGUCGAACUACAAAGUUUCUUCGGCGGAAACACGACGCCCAGACUUGUCUUGACGAUAGAGCAUUUUCGAAGGUUGUACGCUGCCGAGGUCUUAUCAACUUCGGCAGAGAAUGAACGAUAUCUUAGAGAUUCCAGCAAUCAGCUUGUCAUCAAUACUCGCAUCGACAUGCCCAUGAGCAUAGAGGAGCUUGGCCGAUUCAUUCGGGGAUUAAGAAAUGAAGAAGCUAGCUUCCCGCAAAUUGUGAUUGAGACUUGUGCAGUUUGUGAAAGACACAAAUUUGCAGCUGCAAAUAGCUCAGUGACUCCCAAGGAACUGAAUGAGUUUCUUCCCGAAUUUCGGGAUUCGGUGUGUUGCGGAAGGUCGAUUUGUAGUGCUUGUCUGAAAGAGAGCGUAUUAAGGGCGAUUCAAGAAGGUUGGUGGCAUUCGCUUGAUUCACAACAAUGGAUCAGGUGUCCAGUCGAAGAUUGCAAUGGCAGCCUAAUAAAUGCGCAUGAGGGCUCUCUAAUAAGUCUACUCAAUAAGCUACAAGUUCCCAACGCAGAUUUCCACUUGACGAGAUACAAAAGGGCUAAUAGUCUUCGUGCUUCGCUCCUUACACUCGAUCCCAGGCCGUCUCAAGAUGCCCUUACUGCAGCAGCGAAUCUUCACAAUCAGCUGAUUGACAACGGCAUAAUGUUUGACCUUUUUGAUCCUCAAUUCGAGCCAAAUCAGCCGGAUGAAUCCGGACGGAUUCCUCCUUUUAGCCCAGGCAAGAUUAUUAUAUGCGAAACCGAUAUGGAAAGUCUUUGCCUCCCUGUCUUUGUCAAAUUUUUCCGUCGAAAGCAGACACCUAGAGAAUGUAUAAUCUGCUGCGAAUCAUAUUAUGAUGUUGACGUAGGCACGGCCGAAGAAUGGCAAUCAUCCACCUGUGGGUUCCAUGGCCCCUGGAUGUGGGACAUUUCCAUAUUCCCAAUGUCUCCGAUGUUGAGAUGUGAACAUGAGUACGACUUUUGUAAAAGUUGUUUCAGUAGUCAUUUGAGCACGCAACUGGAACAACAUGGUAGGCAUGGAUGCGAUCGAUUAACAUGUCCAAAAGCGUGUGGACGGACGCUUUCAACAGAAGAGGUCUUGCUUUUUGCCUCACCAGACACACGGCAAAAAUUCAACCAUUACAUCUUCCUGAAUUACAUCUCUUCUCAACCAAAUUUCCGUUGGUGCCUUCGCGACGGUUGCGAAAGUGGACAACUCUACGAUAUAGAUGACGAGACUGGCGAAAUCCACGAUCCACUUAUUGUUUGUGAGAACUGCGCGUUUGCGAUGUGUUUUACGCACCAGCUCCCUUGGCACGAAGGCUUGAGUUGUGAACAAUUCAACAAUCAACGUGAACACGGCGACCCGGAUUAUGCCGACACUCAAGAGUACAUUCGUGCGAAUACUAAAACAUGCCCGGGUGCAAAUUGUGGAAUGAACGUCCUGAAGGAUGGCGGUUGUUUUCACAUGACCUGUCGAUCUUGUGGCCACGAGUUUUGCUGGGAAUGUCUUGCAGACUGGAGAUUGAUAAGCCCUGAAGAUGGCGAAUAUAACCGUGUCGCCCACAAUGAUGGAUGCUGGUUUUUAUCACACAACACCCAGCCAACUCAGAUAGCCGGCAACACUAUUGAAGCUGCUUUGAGGAGAAGGCGAUAGUGACAGCGAGUACGUUGGGAUACCCCGUGCUGAGGUGUAUUAAAUCAACU